ACAAGAAGUGAAAUAAUGAAUUGCUUGGAGUCACCCAAAAUCCCACCUGUGACUGGGAGAGUUUGUGGAGUGAGCACAAGCAGCAGUGCCAGGAGCGCCCCGCAGCCCCCAGCACCCACCCCAGCCCCGAUGCAGAACUCCCUGCAGCCCCUGUGCCUGUCGCUGGAGACUCUCCAUCGGGUUAAGGGUCGCAUGCUGGAAGCCAUGGAGCGGGGCCUGAGCCGCCGGACGCACUCCCACGCCACAGUGCGCAUGCUGCCCGCCUUCAUCCGCUCCACCCCGGACGGCACCGAGAGAGGUGAAUUCCUGGUGCUGGAGCUGGGAGACACCCAUUUGCGGGUGCUGCUGAUGGAGCUGUCGGGGGACACAGACCAGAGGGUGAUGCUGAAGGAACGGCGCUUUCCUGUGCCAGACGCAAUCGCCCAGGGCCCUGGCGAGAAGCUGUUUGCCUUCCUGGCGACGUGCCUGUGGGAGUUCCUGGACGGGCUCCACAUGCCCCAGACGGACUUCGAGCUCGGCUUCUCCUUCCCCUUCUCCUGCAGGCAGACGCGGCUGGACCAGGGUGGGGGCUCCGGGGUAGGGGUGGGGCAGUGUGUGGCAGGUUGA